AUGUCGGGCGCUCAAAAUGGAUGUCGGGGCGGUAGUCGUGGAACCAAGGAACCACUCCUCAUUGACGCGGUCAUUGGCAAGGUGGUUAAACGCAACCUCUCCGCCGCCUGGAUAGACUACAAAAAGGCAUUCGACUCGGUGCCUCAUACAUGGAUUAAGAGGGUCCUCGAGCUGUACGAGGUUGAAUGUACGGUUCGAGACUUUCUCGGGCAGUGUAUGGGACAGUGGACUACGAUCCUUUGUCAUCUAUCUAGGCCAGCGGAUGACGGCUGCGGAGAACCACAUAAGGAUAAGAAGGGCGGUUGUUUGAGUCCAAUCUGGUUCUGCCUCUCUCUGAACCCUCUCAGUACCUUACUGGAGGGUUCCGAGAGGGGAUUUCAGCUUCGGAAAGGAGGUACAAAAGUGACCCAUCCUUUCUAUAUGGAUGAUCUCAAGUUAUUCGCCUCCAGUCGCUCCCAUCUUAUGGAAUUGCUAAACAUCACUUGUGAUUUUAGUAAUUCUAUUGGAAUGGAGCUGGGGUCGUAUAAGUGUGCGAUCCUCCAUGUCGAAAGGGGAAGGGUUGCUAACUCUGAGGGCAUAGACUUAUCUAUGCCCAUCAGCAUAAAGACCCUAUCCGAGGCUGAAACAUACCGAUACCUGGGUAUGUCACAGAACAUCGGUGUCGAUGAGGCGGGUAUGAAGCAGUCAGUUUGA